AUGGAGAGACGAAAAGUGAGCAAUGGAGUGGAACAUCUCUUUAAAUCCAGAAGGAAAUCUUCGAACGAGGAUAGUUCAGAGAAAAGUGACCACAGUGUUUCAGGCCUCGGCCUUGGGAGGUUUAACGUUACCUGCUGCUCUGAUAUUUACUCCAGUGCUGGAAAAUCACUAGAAGUUAGCUCUAGCCCAGAAACUACGUACAUUUAUGCAGAGAGCAUCCAGGCUUGUGACACCUCAUGUUCUAAUAUAUCACAAGACUGUGAAUCUGUUUGCCUGUACAGAGAGAAUGAAAGUAUGGACAACAUCCCACUAGACCAUGUAUCUGUUAGCAAUCAAGAUUGCAGCCUAGAAGCUGUUGUCGGGUCGGACUGUUCCACUGACAACGACUCUGAUUUAAGCUGUAGCCACGAAGACUGGAAGCGUAACUUUAACUCGUACGACGACUUGUACCACUCACUCCACAGCCUUGUCGAAGCACAGUGGGGCUCAGCUUCAUCUCAAUGUGACUCUGAAGCUUCUGGUUAUACCACAGACUAUGAUUCAGAAUCUUCAUUCUGCAACUUAGAUCAGCAGACUGGUUUAAAUUUUGCUGACUUUGACUCACUUGAUGCUCGGUUUGAACAGGUUUCCUGGGAUCUGUACAAUUCUUUCACUCAGAGUAGCAACAAUGGAAACGACAUGACCUCAGACAUACCUGGUUUAGGGGUCAACCCAGAGCCAACUCUGGGGAGAUUACAAGGCGUCGUGACUCUUCUGGAUCGAUCUCGCUUCUCAACGUUCUUCUGUGAGAUGAUGAAAGAAGCGGUACAAGAUAAAAAUGAAGAAAAACAACUAAUCAGUGAGGGAUUUCUCUUCCACCCACAACAGUUUUUACAGGUGAAGAACUCGGAAUAUCGGGAAGGUCGAGAAUAUUCCUUUCUUCGGCACAUACAAAAUGGAUCAUAUGGAGACGUCUUUAGUGUCCGGGACAAGCAAACUGGAUUUACAUGCGCAGCCAAAAGGAUCCCCCUGGGCAGUUUUAGCUGGGCGGAAGUGGGAACUUGGAGCAGACUGGACUCACCACGUGUACUCCAGCUAUAUGGGGCAGUCAGAGAGGGCCUCAACAUGGUCCUUUUUAUGGACCUUAAAACAGGUUCAGUUGCUCAGUUACUAAAAGAAAGAAGCAGGCUUGCUGAAGAUCUGGCUCUUUAUUAUCACUGUCAGGUGCUGCAGGCGCUGGAACAUCUGCACAGCAGAAAUGUCAUUCAUCUGGAUGUUAAAGUGGACAAUGUUUUACUUUCAAAGGAUGGGCGGCAGUGUUUCCUGUGUGAUUUUGGAUUGUCCGAGAUGUUGGACCAGACAGGAUACAGCACCAAGACUUUUAAAGGCAAUGGUUUGCGUGGCACAGAGAGCCACAUGUCCCCAGAGGUGGCGCGUGGAGAUGCUCGGUCCUGUAAAGCUGACGUCUGGAGUAGCUGUUGCAUGCUACUGCACAUGCUCAGUGGCCAUCAGCCAUGGACGCGUUUCUACACCCAUCCACUCUGUCUGAAAAUUGUGAGUGAACCCGCCCCUCUGUGGGAAAUUCCUCCUGGCUGUGACCCCUUGACCUGUGAUGUUAUUAGUGGGGGAUUGGUGAAGGACCCGAGAGGGAGGAACUCAGUGAAAAAACUGCUGGAAAAAAGCACCAGAGCUCUACAUGCAGUCGGUGACCUUUCUGAUCCAGUCUUAUCAGCUACCAACCGCCAGUGCUCUCCACCUUUAAGAUGCCAAGAUAUCUCUACCAUCACAGAUACAUCAUGCCCCAGUUCCACAACAAAGAUCCCUCAUCAGGAAAAAUGCUCCCCUCCCAGAAUUCAGUGGGUCAGCAUGUGGAGGGAAAGAGCUGUAGAGGAGGAUGGGACAGAUUCAGAAUUGACUGAUUCUGAUGAGGAGAGUGAUGAAGAUGCAGAUGUUUGGAUAGAGAGGUUCUGGGGUAAGGGAGAGGAUUUUGGUGUUUUAGAAGAAACUGACCAAGAGGUGUGUGCUGAGGAGAGGAUUUCAACAGAAUUGAGAAGCCUGGUACAUCAGUCUGAAAAGGAGGCUGAUGAAGAUGAAGAGAGUGAUUUGGAUAGUCUGAGAGAGCUGGGCAGUGAUUGGGCAGAGGAAGAGUGGGAGCCUGUUUAUCGCCUGCAGAAACUCUAUGGCACAAAACAGCAACGUGUUUUGUACACUCCGAGUGAAGAUGAGUGCUCUGAAACAGAGGAAGAGUGGUUACCAUCAAGGGGAAGUUCAACAAAGAGGAACCUACCUGAAUCAAACUCUAUAUUAACUCUCACUUGUCACCGCAGUAUCUGCACUUCAGAACCUGAACUCACAGAAAAGGAUUCUGAUUGUUCCGAUGACUUGAGCUCAGGGGUGUUCUCCUCCUACAGCAGUAUUAAAGAUGAACAGAGCUUUAAUGUGGAUUGGUCUGUUUCCACCAAUCAGCCACCGUCCUGCUGUUUUGAAGGCCUCGGUGUGGAUAUCUGGGUGGAGGAUGUGAAUGGGGACACAUUCAGAAUCAGAGAGAGGCUGAGGGUGAAGUUAGGACAUGUUGCAGUCGGGAUAAGUUCACAGAUUUCCAUGAGGACCUUCUCUUUAGCCACCAUCGAUGGGAAGCUGGUCUGUCCAGACACAGAGGUACUAGAGUCGGGCUUGUGGCUGCUCUGCGUACCCGCUCCUGAUGACAACACCAGCUGGCACUGGAGGAUCAGAGAUGGCAAAAUGGAAAUGCAAGAGCUCGAAGAACUGCUAUCAGACACUUGCUCCACACUUGCUGUUUAAAACCUACUGAAACAACAUUCCCUUUUAAUUCUAUCUAUUUAUACUGUCUUGUCAUUUUCUGAAAC